GGGACACACCAAUCGUUAACUAGUUCUCUUCUCUUCCUCUUGCUUCCGUCCGUCCAGCCACCUCGUUGGUGUAGUUGGACUUACCGCUGCCGCUUUCCUCCACUUUCAUGGCGGAAUUCGGCUCGGAUUAGGGUUUCUCAGUGCUCAUCUCGUCAUCUUCAGCUCGGGACAUGGCUGCCCUCUCCCUCUCAAGCCCUUAUUUCACCACUCCUUUCCUCGGCCAGAAGCUCUCAAAUCGGGUAACAGUGAAGCAGCCGGCAGCUGCUCGUGCCGUUGCCAGGAUCCCUAGAUGUGCAGCUGAAGGGCAUGUUCCAACUUUUCCUCGUACCAAUGUUUGGGACCCUUAUAAACGCCUCGGCAUAAGCCCCAGUGCAUCCGAAGAAGAGAUCUGGGGAUCUCGCAAUUUUCUCCUUCAGCAGUAUGCGGGGCACGAGAGAAGCGAAGAAUCAAUUGAAGCUGCUUUCGAGAAACUGCUGAUGGCCAGCUUUCAGCACAGGAAGAAAACAAAGAUUAAUUUGAAGAGCAGGUUGAAGAAGAAGGUCGAGGAGUCCCCUCCUUGGGUCAAGAAUUUGCUCAAUUUUGUGGAGGUCCCACCUACUGAUGUCAUUUUCAGAAGAUUGUUCCUCUUUGCAUUCAUGGGUGGGUGGAGCGUUAUGAAUUCGGCCGAAGGUGGACCUGCAUUUCAGGUGGCAGUCUCUUUGGCAGCUUGCAUAUACUUCUUGAAUGAGAAGACGAAGAGCUUAGGCCGGGCCUUUGUGAUAGGACUUGCAGCUCUAGCUACUGGGUGGGUUUGCGGCUCUAUCGUUGUCCCUAUGGUCCCAACCUUUCUCUUACGGCCUACCUGGACUCUUGAACUCCUAACCUCAUUGGUCGCCUAUGUCUUCUUGUUCCUCGCCUGUUCUUUCCUCAAAUGAUUUUCGGUGGAUUGCCUAAUUGAAUUUGGUGGUGCUAUCUUAAAAGUUCAUUGAUCGAUAUAGGACAUGUACUGCGAACUCUGAGCUCUUAAGAGAAUCUCAAUCCAUUUCAGCAUUUUCUUCCC